CGUCCGGGAGAGAGUGUAAUAUGGCGAAGACCUACGAUUACCUGUUCAAGCUGCUGCUGAUCGGGGACUCGGGGGUGGGGAAGACCUGUGUCCUGUUCCGCUUCUCCGAGGACGCCUUCAACUCCACCUUCAUCUCCACCAUAGGAAUUGACUUUAAAAUUAGGACGAUAGAGCUGGAUGGCAAGAGAAUCAAGCUUCAGAUCUGGGACACAGCGGGCCAGGAGCGCUUCCGGACCAUCACCACCGCCUACUACCGGGGCGCCAUGGGCAUCAUGCUGGUCUACGACAUCACCAACGAGCGCUCCUUCGACAACAUCCGCAACUGGAUCCGCAACAUCGAGGAGCACGCAUCGGCGGACGUGGAGAAGAUGAUCCUGGGGAACAAGUGCGACGUGAACGACAAGAGGCAGGUGUCCAAGGAGCGGGGCGAGAAGCUGGCGCUGGACUACGGCAUCAAGUUCAUGGAGACCAGCGCCAAGGCCAACAUCAACGUGGAGAACGCGUUUUUCACGCUCGCCAGGGACAUCAAAGCCAAAAUGGACAAGAAGCUGGUGAGUGGGGGGCAGGGCGGAGCCUGGCGGCGGCGCGUGCGCACUGCGCGACCCCUGACC